CCUACAGACGCUUGCACGCAUUCUGCUUCUGCGACUAAGUGCCGAUGCCGACCUUCUCCGCAGAUAAGAAGAUGAUGCCGUUUGGCGGAAUCGCGUCGAAGCUGAAGAUCGAUCGGCUGAAGGCAGCGGGAGUAGGGUCACAUGACUGCGCCGUGAAAUACCUCAAACAGGAUUACGAGAGUCUGCAGCAGUCCUGCCUGGAGAAUGGGACGCUCUUCGAGGACCCCCACUUCCCUGCCAUCACCGCCUCCAUGGGCUUCAAGGAACUGGGCCCUGGCUCCAGCAAAGUGCAGGGGGUGCGGUGGAAGCGGCCCGGGGAAAUUGUCAGCGAUCCGCAGUUUAUUGUAGGCGGAGCCACCAGGACCGAUAUCUGCCAAGGAGCGCUGGGGGACUGUUGGCUCCUGGCCGCUAUCGGUUCUCUGACGCUGAAUGAGGAUCUCCUGCACAGGGUCGUCCCCCAUGGACAGAACUUCCAGGACAAUUACGCCGGAAUCUUCCACUUUCAGAUCUGGCAGUUCGGUGAAUGGGUGGACGUGGUGGUGGAUGACCGUCUGCCGGUGAAGGAUGGAGAGCUGGUGUUCGUACACUCCGCCGAGUGCUCUGAAUUCUGGAGCGCCCUGCUGGAAAAGGCCUAUGCCAAGCUGAAUGGCUCCUAUGAGGCUCUGUCAGGAGGCAGUACAACCGAAGGGUUUGAAGAUUUUACCGGCGGUGUGGCCGUCAUGUAUGAGCUGCGAAAAGCUCCCCGUGACCUGGACAAAAUCAUCAGCCGGGCACUGGAGCGAGGGUCCCUAAUGGGCUGCUCCAUCGAUAUAACAAGCGCGCAUGACAUGGAAGCCGUAACCUUUAAGAAGUUGGUGAAGGGCCACGCGUACUCCGUGACGGGUCUAAAAGAGGUCAACUACCGGGGACAGACCGAGAAGCUGAUCCGGAUUCGGAACCCCUGGGGACAGGUGGAGUGGACUGGAGCUUGGAGCGACAACUCCUCUGAGUGGAACGAGGUUGACCCAUCUGAGCGUGAAGACCUCCGCCUGAAGAUGGAGGACGGAGAAUUCUGGAUGUCUUUCCAGGAAUUUCUACGUCAGUUCCACCGGUUGGAGAUCUGUAACCUCACUCCAGACACGCUCGACAAAGAUGACAUGAGCAAGUGGCACACGACGCUGUACGAGGGCACGUGGCGGAGGGGCAGCACAGCCGGCGGCUGCAGGAACAAUGCCGCCACAUUCUGGAUCAAUCCUCAAUUUAAGAUCACACUGCUGGAGGAGGACGAUGACCCAGAUGAUAAUGAGUUGGCCUGCAGCUUCCUUGUCGCCCUCAUGCAGAAAAACCGCAGGAGAGAGCGGAAGGCUGGAGGAGACAUGCACACGAUCGGUUUUGCCGUGUAUGAGGUGCCGGAAGAGUUUAAAGGCUGCCAGAACGUCCACCUCAAGAAGGAUUUCUUCCUCCGUCACCAGUCCUGCGCCCGCUCAGAAACUUUUAUCAACCUGCGAGAAGUCAGCAACCCGAUCCACCUGCCCCCCGGAGAGUAUCUCAUCGUCCCAUCAACGUUCGAGGCGCACAAGGAAGGCGACUUUGUGCUGCGAAUAUUCACAGAGAAGCAAUCGGAGACGCAAGAGCUCGAUGAGGACGUCACCGCAGAUCUACCUGACCAGGAGGAGAUCUCAGAAGAUGACGUGGAUGAUUCCUUCAAGGCUAUGUUUCGGCAGCUGGCAGGAGAUGAUAUGGAGAUCAGCGUCUUUGAGCUGAAGACCAUACUCAACAGAGUGGUGUCCAGACACAAAGACCUGAAAACUGACGGCUUUAGCACGGAGUCCUGCCGCCAGAUGGUCAACCUGAUGGAUAAAGACGGUAGCGGAAAACUUGGCGUCGUGGAGUUUCAGAUCCUGUGGAACAAGGUCCGCAAUUGGCUGACUGUCUUCCGGGAGCAUGAUAUGGAUAAAUCCGGGACCAUGAGUUCCUACGAGUUGCGUAUCGCCCUGGAAAGCGCAGGGUACAAGCUGAAUAAUAAGAUCAUGCAGGUGCUGGUGGCCCGUUAUGCUGACAACGACCUCGGAGUCGACUUUGACAAUUUUGUGUGCUGUUUGCUGAAGCUGGAGGCCAUGUUCCGGUUUUUCAAGGCCAUGGACGAUGGAAGCGGCAUAGCGGAGAUGGGAAUGGGAGAGUGGCUGACGCUGACGAUGUGCGGAUAGACAGACGGAUGGGCGGCCGUAUUUCCUGCCCCGUCUGGGUACAGACACUCCUCCUC